AUGGUGUCAUGCGCGCCACCCUCGGAGGAUUUUGGGUCGGCUCUCAAGCGCUGCUGCGAAUCCAAGGACUUGGCGCUUGGCCGCCGGCUCCACUCUCGGAUCGAUCGAGCUGGGCUUGCCACCAGCGACACAUUUCUCGCCAAUCUCCUCAUCCAGAUGUAUGGCAAGUGCGGGAGGAGCGAAGACGCGCGCCGUGUCUUCCACCAGAUCCACAGGCCCAAUGUUUUUUCCUGGAACUUUAUCAUAGCAGCAUAUGCCCAGAAUGGGCAUCUGGAGCAGGCGAAGCUACACUUUGAUCGGAUGCCCUGUCGGAAUUUUGUUUCGUGGUGCGCGUUGAUCUCGGGCUACGCUUGCAAUGGCGAAGUCGAAGGGGCGAAAGCGCUACUGGAUCGAAUGCCCUCCUGGAACCCAAUCGCUUGGACUGCCGUGAUGCGCGCGCGCGCCCAGUCCGGGGAUUUGCGUGGCGCUCGGCUGAUGUUUGACGAGAUGCCCGAGAGGGAUUUGAUCUCGCGCAACUGCAUGAUAUCUGCUUAUGCCGAGGGUGGCGAUUUCGAUCAAGCGAAGCUACUGUUUGAUGAUAUGCCCGAGUGGGACGUUGUGUCUUUCACUGCGAUGAUCAGAGCAUACACACAAGGCCACUUAGUAGAUCAAGCAAAAGCGUUUUUUGAUACCCUACCCCAGAAAAACACCGUGUCUUGGAAUUCCCUUCUCCAUGCUUAUGCCCAAGCGGGGCAUCUAGCAGAGGCGUGGCAAGUGUUCGAAUCCAUUCCAGAGAAAAACCUCACGUCAUGGACCACGAUGAUCGCAGCGUGUUGCACCAACGGCCAGAUUGACGCGGCGGCGGAUCUCUACCGUCGGAUGCCCGCGCGGGACGUGGUGUCGUCGGCGACAGUGAUCGCGGCGGCAGGGGACCACGCGACCGCGACGCGGAUAUUCCGCGCGAUGCCCCUCGUGGACGAGGUAGCAUGCACGGCCAUGAUCGCGGCGAUGUCGCAGGGUGGCGACCUCGAGGGCGCCAAGGCCCUGUUCGACAAAAUGCCGGAGCGCCACCUGGUGACGUGGAAUGCCAUGCUGGCAGCUUUCGCGGACAGCGGCCACGUGGAGGGCGCCAAGUCGCUGUUUGACAGUAUGCCGCGCCGGGACAUGGUGACGUGGGCGACGAUGCUGUCGGCCUUCGCGCAGCAGCACGGGCGAUUCUUCGACAGCGCCAAGCGGUGCUUCGAUUUGAUGCCCGAGUGGAACACCGUGGCGUGGAACUCGAUGAUCCAGGCGCUGGCGGCGCGGCUCGACACCGCAGCAGCGCGGGCGAUCUUCGAUGGGGCGGUGCCGGAGCACGACGUGGCGUGCGUGAUCGACGGCGAUGUUCACGGCGCGGUGGAGCUGGUCGAGCGGAUGCCCAGGCGAGACGUGCUGACGUGGACGGCCCUGAUAAACCUCCACUCUCGGGCCUCGAACCUGGAGCUGGCCAAGAGCAUCUUCGACCAGAUGCCGGAGCACGACGUCGUGGCCUGUACGGCUCUGCUCAUGGGGUUUGCACGGAAUGGCGACCUGGAGGGGACGAAGAGGGUGUACGACACGAUGCUGUGCAAGAACUCCGUGACAACGCUGGCGAUGGUGGUGGCGUACGGGCAGUUCUUGGAGCUGGGCGCCGCGAAGCACCUGUUCGAUCGAAUGCCCAAGGACAAUUGCGUGCCAUGGAGCGCGAUGGUCACCACGUAUGCGCGGAAUGGAUACGUGAGCGAGGCCAAGGCGGUGUUUGACACCAUGCCCGAUCGCGAUCCGGUCUCGUGGUCGGGGAUGAUCACCGCCGCGGCGCAGUUUGGAUCCAGCGGCGAGGCGCUGGGAUUGCUGCGAUUGAUGGGCAUGGAAGCGGCCUUGCCAAACGAGGUGCUCUUCCUGAGCCUCCUCUUCGUUUGCAGCCACUUGGGGCGCGUCAAGGAGGCGCGGGAGUUCUUCCGGGUGAUGAGUGAGCACGGAUUGGCGGCGUGGCGCGAGCAUUUCUCGUGCUUGAUCGCUGUUCUAGGCCGCGCCGGGGAAUUGGCCGCCGCCGAGGAGCUGAUUGAAAGAAUGCCCUUUGUGCCCAACCAAGCCUCGUGGAGCGCACUGCUCAAUGCGUGCCGGAUCCACAGGGAUGUGGAGCGCGGGGCGCGAGCGACGCAGCGAGCCCUAGAACAGGAUCCCGCCAGCGCGGGAACUUACGUCCUGCUCGCAAACACGUUUUUGCCGCGCUAG